AUGAGUCUCGCCUGUCUUUUGCGCCAUGGCGUAGAAAUCCCAUCACAUCUAUUCAUAAGUUACUCCGUCUCUAGCUCAGACAAUGAUGGGCGAUGUUCAGCUAUGGCUAACUGCUUGAUCGGGAAGCUUUCUGUUCCUCCUCCUCGGGGAAGCUCAGUCAUGUCAUCAUCUAAAAUGAUUCUGCAGCCGAAUUUAUCAAACCGUGUUGAUAUUUCAGGCACUCCACGACUAAUUAGGAGCCGUGCUGUUAGAAGGGACCAAGUCAGAGACUGGAACUUCGAGGUGAUUGAGCUAGAGCAGUAGUUUAGCUAAUAUG